GGCUAUUAAAAUUUUCAAUAUGCAUAUUGCAUUUUGGGAGGGUCACGUGACUUAAGAGUCGCUCUUUCCCCGCGAAGUAAAAAUGGCUUCUCAAAAGUGAGGCAAGGAGAAAAUGGGGAAAAUAUCACUAAACGCUAAUGGGAGAAAGCUAAAGGCACUUUAUUCAUGUGUUAUGGUAUCAGGCUAAUGAAAUAAUCGAAAAAAUGAAGCGAGGACGGGGAAGACCUCCCAAAUAUCAGUCUCAAAAUGCCAAAACGCCGAAUGUCUCGAUUGCAACCAACCAACAUGGCGGCCAUGCGACUCCUCGUGUCUCUUCUCCUCAUGGCAUUAAAACCCGAGGUUAUAGUUCAACUACACCAAGGAAAUACUACGGAAUGGAAUCGUCAGACUCGGAAAGUGAUGAUGACUCAGUUUCUAGUCGUAGUUCUUUACUUUCAAGCUCUGCAUACACGAAAAUUCGCUAUGUUGAGCCGCUUAAAACCGUGUCGCCAGUCAAGUUAGCUCCUUCAUCAGAUGAUCUUUUACUCGACCCAGAAUAUAUUUUACCAGCUUUGGGUAUUUAUGAGAUCCUUAGGCAUUUCAGCCGGAUAAUUCGGCUUUCUCCAUUUAGGUUUGAAGACUUCUGCGGAGCAAUGAAGUCGCCAGACCAGUCUUCUUUGCUUGCACAAAUACACCUCUGUUUGCUUCGCUUUCUUUUGUCGGAGGAUGAUGCUAGUGGUUUGACAUUUGUAGCGAGCGACGAGAAAGACAGUUUCAAUAUUCUUAUGUACUGCCUUGGCGAUUUUACUUGGCCUGAUGUUAUUCGAAGCUACAUUACGUCCGAUAAAACCGAAUUUGGAGAUGUAUCGUCAGCUGUCAUUGUGAGCGAGAACGAAGACCCGUUCCCUUUCACAACGGUUGAAAAAAGGCUGAAGGUUUUGCAGCGACUUUGCGAUCAAUUUCUCGCUUCAAACUCAGUCAGGUACGACGUUAUGAACGAAGGAAUGGUCGAGUCGGAGGAUCAUUGCCGAAACUGUUCUAAAAUGGGUGAUUUACUCUGCUGUGAAAACUGCCCUGCCGUCUACCAUCUUCACUGCCUCAAACCACCGCUAGAAGUGGUCCCCGAAGGGGAUUGGCUCUGUCCUAUAUGCGAGAUGCACCAGCUCAAAGGCGUCACGGACUGUUCAGUUGAUUGGAACAGGGAUGGAUGGCUCAGAAACACCCCUUUAGGGGUAGACAGGGAAGGAAGAAAAUACUGGUUUUUAGCCAGACGUUUGUUUGUGUAAGUAGAUUGAAUCCAACAUGGAGGUGAAAACAAAUUAUUCAUAUUUUUGUUAUUUUGCUGCAAGUUUGUGCAUCUCAGCACAUGUGUGACAAAGACCUUAUGGCAUGAUGUUUUUUGUGACAACAAAUUUUUUUCUUGUUAACCACCAUUUGGUUAUAGACCAGAGAUUAUUUUUAACGAAAAAAAAAAAAAAUUCACUUUGACAAGUUUUGCAAAUUAGCUAAAAUUUCAUGUCACAAAAAUUAUGUUUAUAGGGCAAUAUGCAAAUUGUGUCAAGGAUGGAACUCUCUAAGGGCCUGUUUGCAUGGAGGUGGGGGACCCUAGAUAGGUGAAGAAACCCACUCUGCUGGGUGAAAAAAAACCGUUUACAUGCAAUUUUACAACCCCUCCAUCCUGGGGCCCACUUUCUCAAGAUUAUUUAAUUAAUGGUGGCUAAGCACGGGAGUCUGGUUUGUUUAAUCAUACAGUAGUAUGAUUAUAGACCAAAUUGGAUGCAACGUCAUAUUUCUGUUACCAAUUAAUUAAUCAUAACUGUGACAAAAUUGGUAAAAAGAUAUUCUGAAAGUAAGUGAAAAAAUAAACAUUCAAGUGUGUGCACGCGAUGGUGUGUACUGUCCAGUUUAUUGGAAUGAAGUUUAAUUAAUUUAACACUGUUAACAACAAGGGCGGCGGUCAGUGGAAAAUGCCCUAUAAGCUCCGGAAAGCUCCUGCAAGAACAAUGAAGCCACAUGCUGCCGGCCAGAAGUGUGUGGAGUCAAACUGUCUUGUCUUUGCAUACUUCUAAGCACUUGUCCUUUGAUGUAAUGCACAAAAAGUAUAUGCUUUUCCCAUAUUGCUUGUGAGCCUCUGCUUUUGAAUUGGAAAGAAAAGUCUACCUUUUUAAGUGCUAUUGUGAAUCAUCUAGAGUUGUAAUAAAUAUAUAAGCCUCCUUAGGAAGUAAGUCUGCGAUUGGCAUUGUCAAAAAGCAGGCAAAAGUGUUUUGGUAUUCAUGGUUCGACUUGCCCUAGUAAAAUUUCUCUUUGGUACAAUAAAAUACACCAUGUAUCUCCUUGUGCAAUUUUUUUUUAAAAAAAACUUAAUAUAUCUGUUCCAACAUGUCAAUGUUCUUAUGUCAAAGCCAUAUUUGUAACAUAAAUUUUAAGGUAACACUGUACUCAAUAACCAAACUAGCAGAUCACUCUAAAAACAGAAACUUGAUUUGAUUGGUAUAGACUGUUCCAGAAUAAUCAAGAAUGCAUCCCCAUUCCAAAAUUAGGGCAGUGAAAUGCACCCAUUGAAGGUGGCAUCACCUCUGGGUAAUGUCAUGAGCAUUUGCAUUUUACUCAAAAUUAUUCUCUUUUUGUAUCAAGGCAAUUUUUCCAUCUUAAUCUCUGUCACUGCAGCUUCAACUUUGCAGGGCCCAGGCUUUCUGUUGUUUAAGCAUUUACCCACUGGAUAGUAAAUUGCGUGUUCAGGCCUUUACCAUAGCAAAGACUUCCUAUUCUCUCAGUAGUACUUCAAAAGUCAAGUUUAGUUGCUGAUCUUUAAUUUACUUUGUUUAAAUUUUAUUUGCAAUGCACUAGGGAAGGGAGUGAUGAGACAUUGUACUACAGCUGCAAAGAACAUCUUGAUGACCUGAUCAAAGCCUUGGAGGAAGAUGGUAAAGAAAAGAGGCUGCUUUCUGUUAUAAAAGCAAGGUACAAGGUUAUGGUCCGGCACAUGGAAAUAACUGAGUCGCUUAUUGAGGCUGCACGAGGUGAGAGCUCAGGGAAACUUUUAUUUUACCAUCAGGCAGGUGAUAAGUGUAUAAAACCAGGAUUAGGUUUUACUACAAUUAAUUAAACACAAAAAAGAAAUUUGUUGUAAAUAAAUUGAAACUGUGAAAGGUUUGUUUGACUGGGACUCUGCGACAUGUAUAACGUAUUCUACAGACUACUAUCAACGUCUUACUUUAGAAAGCUGGUUUACUAACUUAGUUUGAUCGUCCAGGUGAACGUAGUCCUGAAUAGGACUGUUGUUGUUGACAGUGACUGACGUUUCGACAACCUGUGCGGUAGUCAUCUUCAGAGUCAAAGUGAGUUGUAUCAUGUCAGUUGAUGGUAUUAUACUCUGGUUAUUGAUCUGAUUGGUCAAUUAUGUCGUGAUGUUAUUGGUCGGUUGUCAGUUAAGCUGUGAUGUUAUUGGCUAUGAAGACUCGUAAUCAGUGAUUGGUGCGUUUCGAUCCAUCUAUUGUCGCAGUUAAACAGUCGUCUGUUGUUAGUCAAAUUGUUAGUUCUCCAGUUGUUCUCUCGUAGUUAGUUUUGCUUGAUCUCGUCAAUAAGUCAUUUGAACGGCGCUGGUAACUGUUGUCUACGAUUCAGUGGCGUUUAUUCUAAGUUAGUAAACCAACUUUCUAAAGUAAGACGUUGAUAGUAGUCUGUAGAAUACGUUAUACAUGUUGCAGAGUCCCAGUCAAUUUGAUGUUUCGUCUUUAAAUGGUGCUCAGCAAUGUGAUUGUUGAUGUCACCAUUCCUCGUCGCGCAUUUGUGUUUGGUCAGUCGCGUGCUUAGGUUUCUGCCAGUUUCACUAAUGUAAGAGGCCUGGCAGUCGCAGCAUUUGAUCUCGUAUACUGCUCCCUGUCUUUCCUCCGGUUUGUCUUUGUCCUUAACAUUAGUAAGCAGUCGCCAUAAAGUGGUUAUCGGUUUGUGCGCAACACGUAUAUUGUAAGGUUGUAAUAUACGUGCAAUAGUUUCAGAGGUGCCUCUGAAGUACGGUAUAGUCGCUGUCGUAACAGGGCCAGAGUUGGUCUGAGAGUUGGAAUCAGUGUUACUGUGAGUGUUCCGUCUAACAAAGUCCAUGUUGUAAUUGUUCUUACUAAAAACGUUGUUAAGAUAAUCAGUCUCGUCUUGUAGGCUGUCAGGUGAGUCGCAAACUAGUUGCGCUCGUCUUGUCAGAGUUCGGAUAGUAGUAGCCUUGUGAGAGGUCGGGUUGUACAAAGACUGGUCUAGUAAUCGGUCGGUACGUGUCGGUUUUCUGUAAAUAGUCGUUUUUAGUUUGUUGUUGUCGCAAGCGACCAAGCAGUCUAGAAAAGGUAUCUUACCAUUAACUUCGAUCUCCUUGGUGAACUGUAUGUCCGCGUUCUAUCUGUUAAGGUGUUCGUGAAAAUCGUCGAUUCCGUCUUUGUGUAUGGCGGUGAAUGUGUCGUCAACAUAACGUAACCAAAGAGGUACAGUUCGCGUGUGGGUAGCUAGGGCUUGUUCCUCGAUGUUUUGCAUGACAAUUUCUGCUACAACAACAGAAACUGGAGAGCCCAUAGCUGUACCGUGUAACUGUUUGUAGUGUUUGCCGUUGUACUGAAAGUACGUCGAAGUCAACACGGACUUUGUUAGACGGAACACUCACAGUAACACUGAUUCCAACUCUCAGACCAGGUCUGGCCCUCAGCGGCUAUACCGUACAUCAGAGGCACCUCUGAAACUAUUGCACGUAUAUUACAACCUUACAAUAUACGUGUUGCGCACAAACCGAUAACCACUUUACGGCGACUGCUUACUAAUGUCAAGGACAAAGACAAACCAGAGGACAGACAGGGAGCAGUAUACAAGAUCAAAUGCUGCGACUGCCAGGCUUCUUACAUUGGUGAAACCGGCAGAAACCUAAGCACGCGACUGACCGAACACAAACGCACGACGAGGAAUGGUGACGUCAACAAUCACAUUGCUGAGCACCAUUUAAAGACAAAACAUCAAAUUGACUGGGACUCUGUGACAUGAAUAACGUAUUCUACAGACUACUAUCAACGUCUUACUUUAGAAAGCUGGUUUACUAACUUAGAACAAACGCCACUGAAUCGUAGUCAACAGUUACCAGCGCUGUACAAACGACUUAUUGACGAGAUCAAGCAAAACUAACUACGAGAGAACAACUGGAGAACUAACAAUUUGACUAACAAUAGACGACUGUUUAACUGCGACAAUAGAUGGAUCGAAACGCACCAAUCACUGACUACAAGUCUUCAUAGCCAAUAACAUCAUGGCUUAACUGACAGACGACCAAUAACAUCACGACAUAAUUGACCAAUCAGAUCAAUAACCAGAGUAUAAUACCAUCAACUGACGUGAUACAACUCACUUUGACUCUGAAGAUGACUACCGCACAGGUUGUCGAAACGUCAGUCACUGUCAACAACAACAGUCCUAUUUAGGACUAUGUUCACCCGGACGAUCAAAGUCAACCUUUUUAAAUUGAAACUGUUUGUUAUAUAAGAUUUGCACACAUCUUGAAAGAAUUCAAGUACCUUGUAUUUAGCAUUUGGAUUAAAGUGGAUGCUAAUUUAAAAUCCUGUGUCAAUUUUAGGGGAACUCCCAUCUGGAAUGACUAAAAGAAGGCCACUGAAAGUGAAAGUUAAGGAGCAAACUUCAGUUACUUCACCUGUGGAUCCAGAAGAACAUAGAGGAGAAGAAGAUGAACAGAUGGACACCUCAGAGGAGAACCCCAGUUAUGGUAAGAUAAUGUUAUGUUCUUCCAUUUUUUUAGAUAAAAGAAGAAAAGUUUCAUCAGUGUCUGAUAGAUGGAGUCUUUCAAAGCUUUUAGUGCAAUAUUGUUUUGAGGUAUUUGUACAGUGUUGGUAUUAUGGGAUCUUGAUUUUUACAAAGAAUAAUUAUUUGCAAUGUGAAUCAGUGUAAAUCGGGUCUUCCACCUUGGGAUCACUGUCUCCUUUGCAGAGUUGAUCCAAUAAGAGGAAAAUAAUUCAAGUGAGUUUGUGCAUAAUAGCAAUGGUGGCAAUCUGAAUUAAAUAUGUUUUUUGCUGUCAAUAAAAAUUAUCUAUUUUCGAAUUAUUUUUUAAGGCAUUCAGUGACACAGAUGUCACUUUAAAAUGACCAUCACCAGGAACAGUAAUAGUUAAAAUGAAACAUUAAAUUUUGAUAGUGAGUAUUUUGAUAGUAAUACUGUAUUCAAAACCAACGGAUAAUUUUAUUAUUUAGAAGGAAGGAGGAGGGAGCGACAAGUUUUUGGACUGGUUUUAAUUCUGACAGUUUCUGAGAGGAGACAGUGCUUCUUUAGAAGAGCUGAAAAUAUUGCCCCUUUUAACUAUAAUUUAUCAUGUGUAUUGUGCUUCAUUUUCAGUGGUGCCUGAAAGGAAACCUAGUUAUUCAGCAGUAACUGAUGACAUACCUUCUUCAUCAAAGCCUGUGGUAGCUUCAGCCAUCCUAACAUUUGUUCCAGAUGGCGAGGUAAAGAAGAUUGUUACACGGCCUCAAGUUGAUAAUUCCAGUAAUAUUAGUGCUGAGAAACAAAUGCUGUUGAGAGACAGAAGGUCUGCAGCUGCCCAAGAUAGCCCUUACUUUAGGAUGAGAGCCCCUAAUGUGUCAGGCCAGUCUGACACAGCUCAAGAAGCUUGGGGUAAUGAGGAGGUGAAAGACGAGAAAAAACUGGCCUCCUGUAAAGAGUAUGGUGCUGAUAUGUUGGGUGUUUCAGCUCCUGCUGUCAAAAAAGAUGUUUAUCAAGAAAAGAAAGAGGAGGGCCAAUCAUAUGAGGAGACAUCUAACCCUAGGAGUGAAACAAGCACAGAUAUGACUGCAUCUGCUGAUGGCAAAGAGUAUCCAACUGCAAAACAAGAACAUGUCCUUACUAAAGCCGUAACUGAGCAAUCAUCCAGCACCAAGCUGGAUGUGAAACCUAAAAUAGAAAUUGAAACUUCACUGCCCAAGGAUCAAACUGCUGAGACUAACAGCAGUGUAAGUGACAAUGUUACAAGUACCAACACUAGCGGGACAUUGAAGAGUGAUUAUUUUACUAAGGCAGGAAUUACUCCACCUUUGAUUGCAAAUAGCAGUUCAGGUAAACAAGUGUUGAGUGCUGGUCAGUCAAUCACUGUUUCUUCCAGUGACACUGUAAUUGGCACCAAAGGAAACACUGUGAAUGCAAGUGGGACAGUUAGUGAAGUCAGUGAAACAAAGCAAGAAGUUGAAGAGCCUGUAUUUAGACUUGGUUCAGAAGGCAACUACUCAUCAUAUGUCAACCAGUUUGCAAGCAAUGCCCUUGCACUGACUAAACAGCAACAUCUGGAUCAACGGGACAAAAGGCGCAGUGUCACCCACAAGUUUAGUCUCAAUGAGUUCAAGUGGCAAGGAGAUGUUAAUGGAAGUAAAGAAGUCAUUCUGAACACUUUGCGGUUCUCUAUAGUUGGCCUUGAAAAUUCUAUUGCCACUUCUUUUAUGCAUCCAUCUUGGCCACUUCAGCGCUCCACAUGGGUGAGGGCAGUUCACAUGUCAAAAACUCCACAAGAGUUUGCAGCAGCUCUGUCAUUUUUGCAGAGUUCCAUUAGGCCUAUUUGCUAUCUAAAUGUGUGGAAUGAUGCAGUAGGUCAUGUGGAGCUGCAUCGUGUUGUGUCCGAGGCUCGUCAAACAGGACCCAAGAAAAAAGAUCACAAAGAAGACGAAGAAGAACCUGAACUGGAAAGCAAGGGAUUUGGUAUGUCCUAGUACAUAAACCUACUUUUCAAAAGACAUAUUCCUGUUGGCAUGGUUCAAUUUCAUUCUUGCGUAUCCCCAAGUUUAAAAAUUACUAAAGGUCCCUUGAACCGGGUUUUAGUUCCCAUCUUUCAGCAUUAAUUUUUGAGACACAUUUGGUGUGUUUUUAAGGGAGGUGGGAAGUUUAUUGAUAACUCACAUCCUUUUUAAGACGGUAUUUGUGAAACUUAAUUGAGUAAACCGUGGUACUUACAGUUGUCAUUGUUUUGUUCUCGUAACUGAUAACUGUUUCGCUCUUAACAGUUAAUUACACGUGGAUGCCACAUCAUCAGGUGUGGAAACAGAAAGGUGAAGAGUACCGCUUGUUUGGUGGUGGUGGAUGGGUCUGGACAAGUGGGCUUCAGUGUCGAAAAAGGAAACGUCCUACUGGAGAUGCAAAGGACACUUUUGUCAAUAAGAAGCGUAAACUGCUGGACACUACAAAUAGGAUCAGUGCUUUGAAAGAGAAGAAAAGAAAGGAGGAAUUAAAGGAAGAAGCAGAUAAAGCAGCUAAGAUUGCUGCUGCCCAGCAGGCCGUCCCUCAAACUGCAACAACUCCUGCUCUUGCAGGUCAAACAACUUCAACAACCAUGCCUACAACAGCCAUAGCAGUACAAAGCUCAGCAAGUGUUCAAAAUGCAGUAUCAUCUACACCAUCACUAUCGCAAAACUCUGUCCAAACCACCGCAACGUUAAAGUUAGCAUCUUCAGCACAGAUUACAUCAUCAGCUACUACUGCAAGCACCUCCUGCUCUAUCACAUCUACAACGCCUUUAACUGUUGCUUCUUUAGUUCCACAAACUCUUAGUUCUACAUGUGCUUCUGUUCAAUCAUGUGUUAAUCCAGCAAUCCCAGCAAGUCAGAACGUUUCGACGGGGUCACCUUCCGUUAUUUCGGUAUCCGCCACUUCACAAACGGCUUCAAGUACAGUGCCUACGUCGUUGUCUAGUGUAGAGUGCUCAAGCACAACUUCAUCGUCUCUGACAGUUGCAUCAUCUUUAAAAUCUGUUGCGACAGUCUCAUCCAUUCAGACGUUACCAACAAAAACAUCUUCCGAUAAUGUAAUUCAAUCCCCUGUACGAAUUGUUUCAAGUACGUCUUUAUCCACUUCGUUUUUAAAUUUUGCGGCUAGUUCGUCUCCAUCUAUGAAAGGUUGUAGUUUAAAUGCUACUUUAGACAAAGGCUCUUCAAGUUUAGACGUAAAUAGAAGCAAUUCAAGUAUAACAUUUGCCCCCGCACCAUUAACAACACAGGAAUCUGUCUCUUCAUCUGAGGUUGUCUCUUCAGGGGCAAUCGAGUCUCCUAAACCAUCCACACCAACAGACACUGUUUCAACACUUGCUCUAGCAAAGGAUUCUGUCGUUGCACCGGAUUCUUCACCAGUGACCCUUCAAGACACUUCUUCAGAAUCUGUCAGUGUUUUUGAGGGUCUGGAAAGAAGUGAAACUCGCGAUAAUCUUCCGUCAGUGUCUAUCAGUAGUGGAGAAAGUAAUACUGAUAAGAACGUUUUGGUAGAUUGCCCAACUGUGAAAUUCCCUAGCGGUGUUAGCACAGAAGAUACCACUCAAAUGGAAUCCACUUAUGAUAGAGCACCUAUUUACUAUUCCGAGCAAAAUGCUGAUAAAGAAAAAUUAGAAUAUAAUAAUGACGUUUCGGUGGAUUGUUCAACCCUGGAGUCCUCUUGUGGUGCUAGUAGUGCACAGAAUACCUUACAAGUGGAAUCCAUUACAGAGAACGCUGGUAACAAAGAAUUUGCUCAAAAUCAGUUGAAUGUUGACAAUCUCACAUCUCAGAAUGAUGGUAGUACUUCUUUUGUGUCCAAGGGAUCUGAAGGUAAUGACAAACCGAAUCUGACGAGUGAUUCUUUAGAUAAAUCAUGCUUAGAGGAUGCUACAAUAACUGAUUCCAAUGUGAAACAAAGUACUUCACCAUUUGACUCUUGCACUAGACAAGAAAGACUAGUUACAGUAGAUUCUACUCAAGAUACAAAGUUUAAGAAAGAUGAACUGUCGGAAUCGCAGCAAGUUGUAUCUGAGUUUGUGAAUGUACAGUGUGACAAUAAAGCCGACAAGCAUGAUGGUGAGGUUACACCAGACACGUCCUCCUCGUUACAAGUUGAAGGUGACGGUUACGAAGUACUCGAAGAAUCCAGACAGGCGGUUUAUCAAGAAAAUCAGAAUCCAAGUCUUUCUGUAGAGAACGAGAUGCAGGGUAUUGCGAUAACAAAGCCAGACAGCUUAGGAGGAGAUAAAGAUUUAAACAACUCGCCUUGCUCAAGUGAUACAGACGCAAAUGAACGUGAGAAGGAAAUUAAGCCCGUCGACGAAGUCCUGGUAAAUGAUAAGGAGAACGAACUGUGUACCGGAAGGAUUUCUAAUAAUGUUCUCUCAGAUGGGGAUGUUUUAGAGGAAAGUCAAAGCAAAAGGACUUCUCUGAACGACAGUUUAACAGAAGAAGUCAGUGGAACUGAAAGGGCAGAGAAGCUACCGGACGCCAGUACCUCAGCCAAGGGCAAACAAUGCUUGGGUAUUGUGAACAAAGAUGUCAUUACUGUGGCAAAUCAUGACAUGUCAGCUGAAAACGUUGCUGACUGCCUUGAACCGAAGAGUAGUUUAGAAGACCUUUGUAAUCACGUUGGAAAAGAUGAUUUCAGUGAUGAGAAAUCUGCCAUUGCCUCAAGCUGUUCGAAAGUUAAAGACGGUGCUGAUGUUUCUUCCUCACAAGAACUGACAACAACUGAGGAAGCUCAUGGACCUUCAAACAGCUUUGAAGCUGAACAGAGUACUGCAGUGGUGAGUUGUGGAGGCGCCACAGAUACACAGACGAUGAAAGCAAAAGGUGGCGACAACGGUCAAAUUGGGGCACUGUGGGAAAAUACUACAAGCUCCAUCAGGGAUGUCAGUACAGAUUGUUCUUCAGGGGAGGACAGUGCAGUGCAAGGUAGUCGCUCAGAUGACAGUUGUACCGCUUCAGUUUCAACUGUUUCUACUUCUCAUCUCGGGGAAAGUCACAACGAACAAGAAACGCCUGUUGAUGUUGAUGUCACCACUGUGUCACCUUCAAGACCAACUAGUGAAAUGCAUGUUUGUAGUACCACAGAUGCUCAUGUUUCUCCUCAAGUGGACAGCUCAGUGAUCCUGUCUGCUACCUUUGCUGAUUCUGAGCCAGUGCGUAUUCGAGAAGCAGAACCUAUGGAUAUUGACGGCAAAGCUGUUUCUACAUCUGAAAGUUCUUGCUCAGAAACAUCUCCUCGGAUGAGUAAAAAUUCAGGCGAUGACUGUUCAUCAUUACCAACAGAAGUCACUAGCACAGACACGACAGCUAACAGAGGGGCUGCAUCGCUCGACAAGAAAAAUUGCACAUCGUCUUGUGAAAAUUCGACAACCAGUAUCAUCAGCGCGCCGAAAACCUCUACUACUGUCUCGUCAGGUGUUAACGCAGUUUCGACCUGUGGUGUAACGACAGCUAAAUCAGUGAUGCCGAAGUCGACCUGUACCACACCUGCUACCUCCAGUACACCAUCAAAAACUGUACCAGCAAUGCCUGUACCAGCAUCACCGCUGUCUGUGUCAUUGCCCUCAGUACUAGUUCAGUGUGCGACUAGCAUUGAUAAACCGUCCACAUUAUCUACGGUAGCAACAAAUACAUUUACAGAAACACCCGCGGUUAACAUUAAACCGUUGUUACCUAGUGUUCCCUUGCAAAGGACAGGGGUUGUUAGUACAAGUCCUCGAAAUGUAGUUGCAGUAGCAACUCCUUUAGCUUCCUCAGUACAGUCAACAGCUGUGAAAGGUUUAGUAGUAAACACACCAACUGGAAGUGUUAGUGCUAGGAUAACAACUGCACAGAAAACUGCCAUUUCUAGUCGAAUCCAGACAGCUCAGUACGUCCCAAUUGGUCCCAAACCAAUCCUUCCCUCACCAAGGCUAACUGGUCAAAGCAUUGUCGUACAGGGAACAAAUGUAGUUCAGCCAACGGUUGUGGGGCAAGGUAGUACGGCUCCAGUGAACAGUAUGGCUGCAUUGGUGGCGAGAAUUCCAGGAUCUGGUGCAACCAUUGGACCAUCACAGCUCAUUCGUCUGGUCACAGCGGAUGGUAAGUCGAUCACCCUGCAGGGUUCACAGCUAGCGGCUAUCGCCCAGCAAAUGGGAUCCCCGAUGCAGCUUGCCGUCCCUAAAACAAUAACAGUGCAGGUCUCUGGUGCUACUGUGCAACAAAAUCCAGUAAAGACUGUUGGUGCAUCAACAACUGCCACCACUAUUACUGUGCAGAGACCACAGCAACAGCCUGCCCAGGUCAAGCCACAAGUUGUCAUCAAACCAAAGGUGCCAGCCAAACCAAUCAAGGAAGAAAAGUUUCCAUCCCUAGAACCGCUCAUUAAAGAUCCUCGUGCAUUGCUUAACCGAAGGAUUGCCAAAUGGCCGUUGCGUCAUUCAGUAAAAAGUUUGUUUACUCUAGAAAAGCAUGAACGUAGAAAACUUGGCAGGAAAGCCGGAAUGAAGGAAGUGAAUGGAUAUGUGUACACUUCGCGUGCUAUUGGUGUUAACUGGCCCGUGGGAAUUCCUCGUCCUUCAUUUAAGGUUGCUUGGCGUUUCCGAACUCAGAGUUUAAAGACACUGGCCGGAGCAGCAAUACAGCUCAGGAUUUUACAGUCAUGUCUGAAAUGGGAUGAAAUGAACGUGAGGCCACCACGUGGAAACAACAAUACUGUCUACACCAGUUCAGGUUAGUGGAACGUUUGUACCACUCCAUCACCCCUGUUUGUGGCGCGAACCCACAGAAUGUUGGUGUUAUCGUUAAUAGCAUACAUUUCAUUGCAUUUUCGCAAGAUUUUCGUAUGAUAUCGAUAUUUUAGGCGCUUAGAUAAACUUGUAUUUCAUUGUCUCCCGUAGCCAAGAACAGGACUCGAAGUUAUUCCUUGCAGUUAAAUCAAGAAAGCUACCAUACAUCAUUUGUCCUAAAAAUUCGAGGUUUAAUUUAGAUGCAUUUCAUGACAUAUUUUGUCUUUUGACCCUUGUAACACUCGUUCGUUGACCGUAUCUCCACACAGCGGUGUUUCUGUUGAUGCAAUACUGAUGUCAGUCGAGAGAAAAAACUCAGACUGGGAUAAUUUUGUAUAGAAAGAAAAACAUACCGACUAUUCUCAAAAGUAGGCUCAGUUUCCUUCAUGUUUUGUUGUUUCGCCAUUUAGGUACAACAACAACAGAAAUAACAGAUAGAAAAUUUGUUUCGGUUGAUGGCCUGCGAUGCAAAUACCUUGUGCGGAAAGUUAUACGGACACUAACCAAACCAGUAGUAGAACCACCUAAACCAGCGCCUACAAAGAGCAAGAGGGGACGUACAUUAAGACCUAAGAUUGUCCUACAACCAGAUGAUGAAGAUGAUGAUCGUCGAACGCAGUCUGGUCCUCGCGUAUUUGAGGCGUGGUACCCUGAGGUAGGGAGUUACUGUAUGACAUGCUUUGAUUCUUAUCUUUCUCUCACCAUCAGCAUUUAAGCUUCUGCAAAGGAGAAAAUACAAUUUUUAACAGCUUCCUGUAACCGAAAACCGAAAUUUAGCUUACUCCAGCGUUUUACUUUUCUCGUCACUUCUGUUAAGGUGGCGUUUUUAUGGUUCAGUUUUAAAUUCAAGAAUAUCUUUAGUUUAUACAACUUUAUGUGUCAUGUUUUAGGUGUUAUCUCUUAUUUUUGACAGGCUAAAUUGGAACUUUGGGAGAUCCGCCAGUAUCACGAGCGAAUCGACCGCGAGAGGGCCCUUGCACGAGAAAAGAAAGAACAAGAGGAAGCCUUGAAGCGUGCAGCGGAAAUACGCGCCGCCGCUCUCCAGCGGAAACAACAAGAACAACAGGCGCGACAACAGCAGCAGCAUCUCCUCAAGAUGAACAAGAAAAAAGUCCAGAAUGCUAUUAAGACUCAGCAGAAAAAGGUAGCUGUGUACAAACCUCCUGCAGUCAAUCCUCAAUUUACAUACAAACCUGCCGUGACUGCGGCGGUUCCUAUAGGAGCUUUACGCCGUACGGUACCUGUUGUACGUCAAGCGCUUCCCUCCAAGCUCCCUUCUGUACAGCCCGUUGGUAUGCCGCAGAUAAGAACGCAAAUUAUACCGCGAACCACAACAAUCACCCAGGUCGCUUCUUCAGCUUCAUAUAUACAGAGAUUACAACCCAAACUUCAAGCCACUCCGCAGCGAGUUUACACUACUAAUUCAAACUUAAGUCAAACAUCACGAGCUGCUGCUGCCCCAAGCUCUGCUACUGGAUAUAAUGGUAAGUCAUAUUUAAUUCUGAACUUGCUUAAAUUUUCGAGAAACGUUUCCAUUUCAUAAACGAAAAACCAAAAAAAUAAACAACAACAGCAAACAACAAUAUUAAAUAAUGCUACAGAUCAUAAAGCGGAACAAGUUGGUUUGUUGUUUUGAGAUUUUAAACGAGCAGAGAAGUAAGGGUCGGGCAGAGGAGAGGUGGAUGGGAGGGGAGGGGAGGGGGAGAUUAUAGCCGAACUUUCCUUCAAGGUAAACUGUUGAAACAGAAGUUAUAAAUAACAUCGAGAACUUCUCAUUAAUGACAUUUUACUUUAUUUCUCUUAAAGUAAAAGGUAAAAAAUAAUGUGCAGUCGAACCUCUAACGAUCUUCCAUCAGGCGAUCCACCCUGUAUUAAGCGGCUAAAUAAUUAAUAAAUAGUAAUUAAUUUAUAGCCUCUUUUUAACAGCCACCUCUGUUAAGCGGGCCGCCUUCAUGCUGCCCCAAGAAGAUUGUUUCGUAUUGUUUCAUACAGUGAAAUGAUUAAAAAUAAUGUGGAAAACUGCUUUUUCACUGUGAUUAAAACAAUCAUGCACAGCGUGCCGGGACUGACUAGCAGUUUGUCGCUAUUAAGUUUGUAUACUGGCUCUUACCACGCCUAACCUUGUUUUCGAUGGCCCUCCAUUAGCGGCCAGUUAAUCCUUUUCCAAGGAUGGCCGCCUAAUCGAGGGUCGACUGUAAAAAAACUAAAUCUUACUCGCAGCCCUUUGAUACCGGAAGUUUAUCUUUGAGCGUGUUUUUCUUUCUUCCUUUUUGUUAUAGUGACGCGACCUACUGCUGCUUUCACAGUAGCCACGCCCAAACCGGCUGCAGUCCGAACCAACCCCAUGACAACAUCCCGGAUGAAGCACUCCUCCAAGGAACAAGUUAAACAGGCGAGCAAAGCAAAGUCUCGCAAGCCUGGUGCUGGAGGGGUACCACUACUGCAUAACAAGAAAUACAUGACUAUGGAGGCAAGGCAAGAUAUGAACAGGUAACUAACACUCACCCGCCUCAAUUGUAACCACACAGACAGGACUUGCCACUCUUCUUUAUGUACCCACCCUCCUCCCUUUCGCAUACCCUAUCAGGCUCUACAAAUGCAGAUCUUUUGUAUAUCUUAGCACAUUCUUUUACUGGGAGUACUGACCUGUCGGGUAUAAAGUACUUAUCUUCUCUCCAUCCCGUACAAGUUCUUCUAAUUCCUUUUUACCUUUCUUAACAUGUAUUUAGUAUUUCUGUGAAAAACUAACAAGUACAGCUGUAGAUGGAGUAUGACUUUCUGGCUGUGUGUAGUGAUUUAAUAAAACUGUUUGUGUUAAUGACUAUCGCCGUUUUAUUCAUACCAUUUUCUCUCCGUGACUGUGAAACUUAGCUAAGUAAACUUUUGGGUUACUAUUGUCCCAACUCAUAUCGACAGUAGAGUGUGUUAAGUCGACCUUGUAACUUAUUCUUUUUGUUGUAAUCUGUAUUACUUUAACUAAAGUUACCGCCACCAACAGCGUGCAAAGAUAUGUCAUUUAUGAAAAGUGAAAGAGUAAUAAUGUUACAUCACAGACUGGGUGACGUCUAGUUGUUUUGUUUUAUAGAGUUGCUAUUUGUAGGAAGGUUCUCGACUUUAUACUUGACAAAAUUGAUCGCAAUGAAGAGGUUGAACGCAGGAAACAGUUGAAGAAACGUGCCAAGGAAGAAAGCCAGGCUCUGAGGAUGGAGAAACAGAAGGCCAACAAACUCGCAGCUUUACUGCAAAAACGCAAGGAGGCACUUAAAAGAGACGUAAUGAGGAAAAGGGAUCUUCUUGAGAGAGACCUAUUGUUGGAGCUGCAGGAGGACCCUAAAACAGGAAGUAAAAGGAAGCAUGCAGGGGACUCAGAGAGAAGGAACUCACACAAUAGUUCACCUGAAGGACCUAAGGCAAAGAGGAAGAAAGCUGUUGAAGAUGAACGCCUGUUCUGUAUUUGCAAGACUCCUUAUGAUCCAACUCUGUAAGUAUCUGUUUCCUUGCUAGCUUACUCCCUUAAAGGUUGAAAUAUAAGUGUAUUUUUAAUUUAAUUUUGUGUAUGUGGCAGUUGAGUAGUAGUUAGAAUUAUCCGUGUAGUUAUAGCCAUUAUUAUCAUAUACAAUAAUGAGCUAUUUGCGGGUGGGAAAGUAAUGUAAUUAGUUAUAUUUCCAAUUUUCAAUAAAAUUUGUUGUUGUUGUAGUUGUUGUUGUUAAAUCGGUGCAAGUUAUAGUUCUGCACUGCGAAUGUUUCUUCUCCAACCGUUCUCUCCACUGAUAUAGCGAGUAAACGAUCAAAAGUCUUAACUACCCCGAGGUAAAAUAAUUAUUAGAUGCAUAACAAACUAAAUAAAUAUUGUUCUCUUUAGAUUCUACAUUGGUUGUGACAUGUGUGCCAACUGGUUCCACGGACGUUGUGUCCAGGUCACACCAGAAAGCGCGCAAAGUAUGGACGAAUGGACUUGUGCCGAGUGUACGCAGGCUCGCCGUGGAGUGGAAGAGGAAGAACUUUACUGUCUGUGCCGCCAGCCCUACGAUGAAAGAAAGUACGGUCUAUAAUGUUCUCGUAAUUUGGGGGCGGGAGAGGGGAAUGGCUAAAGAAAGAUGGACAUUAAUUACAAUUUAUGACCCAGGACGCAUUGUAUUUCACUUUGGCGGCAGAAAUUAUCAUGUACCGACAUCUGCAGGGCCCACUUGCGCAAAGUUCGUUCACCGCAAACUCAAGGUGAAAAUCUUAGCCCACCACUGAGUCUUCUGGCAUAACUGUUUCUCCUCUGAGUGCCAAAGACUUAACAAGACUGUCUUAAAAACUCAAAUUAUAAUACAGAAAUUUUUUUGGCUGGAAACUAACUUUAAAAAAAAAUUAGUAACAUUUAAUGAAAGUCGCCAUUGGGACAAAAAGCUGAGCGGCAGAAAAUCUAGAGGCACCUGUACAUUUCAUAAGUCACAGUGAUACCAAUGUUUAUUUCGCAGCUUGUCUGCCUAAUACAGGGUGUCUACCUGGCACGGGUUUCACGGUUGAGGUUUGGUCCACUGCUUAUGGUUGUUUGUUAUUAUAAUAUCUGGAAAAUAUUCUUAAAUCAUGCCUCGCUUUGUAGAUUCUACAUCGGCUGUGACAAGUGCCAAGAUUGGUUUCAUGGUACAUGUGUUGGUAUCACGGCCACUGAAGCGGAUAAUAUUGAGUUUUAUACGUGUCCAAAAUGCACUCAGUCCCAGACUCAAGCCAGUAAACAGCCGCUGACCAGCAAGGAUUACGACACGCUUAAACGUCUUCUCCGUUCUUUACAGGUAGGUUGAAGUCUAUUUUUAACUUUAAAACGGGAUAUAUCUGUUUAACGGCUGUGUGCACUUAUUUGAGCCAGCAUUACUUCAACAUUCUGGUAUCUAAGUUGCCUUAGAGUACUGUAAUGGUAAUUCUCGUUCGUCAGUGUAGUUGCGAGUUUUGACGCAUAUCCGCGGCCCAAGAAGAGAAUACGGUAGUGCAAGAUAAAAAAGAAAUAUAAUUGUAUAGGAGCACGGUGGACAGACUAGACAAUAAAACAUGAAAGCAAUGCCGCCGGCGGUGUUCGUUAUAGUAGUUUUCAGGAUGGCAGGCUCAGGACGCGUUAUACUAACACUUACAACAGCGCCUUGUAAGAUUGGACAUGCGUAAUGAACGCCUGGUAGCCUGCGUAGCGGUCUCCGGUUCUUUUAUGGUUGAUUUCCCGUGUCGCAUAAUUUUUACGUGCGUACGCAAAUGAAAUAGAGGCAAUGCAUGAAAGGUCGCUCGUAAGCGUAAAAGUUAAACUUCGCUCAACUUCUCGUUUGAGCUCAGCACUUUUUAUCUUCCCUCUAUUUUAUUUACGUGAUUAAACUUUACGUGCGCUAACGUGCGUAGCCAAAAACGCGUUAGUGGCAAUCAACCUUAAGAGCGAAGGGAGAAAUUUCAAGGACGCGCGCGCGCACGAGAGAAGAAAAGAAGAUGAGGCAUGUUUUCCCCUGCUCUAUAACAGCUAACCAAAAGACUAGCCUGGGUCUGGUUACUAUGAGUGCUGCGAGAUAUAUAUGUUUCCACCAUUAUUACCUUUUACAUUCUCCCGGGCAUCAGCGUUGGGCCAAAGGCGGUAAGAAGCCGUGUUACUGGCGGUCAAUCUUAUAUGUUAAAAAGAAGAACAGUGAGUUCCAUUUUCUUCCUGUUUUUAUAGAGCCAUAAAAUGGCGUGGCCGUUCCUAGAACCUGUUAACGCUGAUGAAGUUCCUGAAUACUACGAUGUGAUCACUGAUCCUAUCGGUAAGCCUUUUUAGUGUACCAGCCAAUCAAAAUAAAGUAAAUAUUAUCCAUUCAGAACCCCGUCCAACUGGGCCAGUGACGGACGACUUGGUUCACUCGAGAUUCCCGUGCUUCGAACCGAAUGCUCUAAGCCUCUGUUUUAAUGCGAGGCUAAGUGCGAAGCCACUGAUAUGAAAUUGAUUUUUUUAUUCUCUUGGAAAAAAAGUGCAUUUUCACAAAAAAAGGUGUGGCACUUGGCCUCGUUUUGAAAGUGAGUUUUUGGAACUCGGAAGUGGACUGGUGGCACUAAUGAGUUGCUUUUCAAGUAAAUAGGUUGGCGACACGGGGAUUCUAGCAAGUGCUAACUGUUAUGUUGCUUUCUCUACCUGUCAGAUCUUUCAAUAGUUGAGGAGCGUAUGAACUCCAAGACCUAUUCAUCCCUGGACGCCUUCGUGAGCGACAUCACUAAGAUUUUCGACAAUUGUCGUUAUUUCAACCAGCGAGAUUCACCCUACUAUCGUUGCGCUGAAGUGCUGGAAAGCUUCUUUGUUCAAAAACUGCGCGCAUGGAAAAACAGAAAAUGACUUCAAAGCUGGUUUGUUCUUAUCAGCGAUACAGACCGCAGAGAAUAGAGACUGGCCAUACAGAUCUAUAAAGUUACUCGAUAAUCGUUGCCCAUCUCGCAAGCGUUCUGGUGCUAGUGGACCAGAAAUGUUAGUAAAUAAUGUAAUAGUUUGAAUAUUUAUGUCUUUUUCUCAUUUUCUCGUAGUCAAUAAAACUUACGCUACCGGGGCGCGUAUUACCAACGCUUCUUGUUCGCAUCUUCCUCCAGAAUCCUUUGUGUACAGUCCUCUAUUAAUGUGGCAAGGGUUAUUGCUACUUUGUUAGGGUGUCGAUCUGGGUAUUCUGCCGAAAGUUUCGAUGAACUAAAUCUCGAGUAGAGUACGUUCAUAGUUGCGAAAGGUUAAACUUAACUAUCAAAAAAUUGUUUAGCGGGGCACAUAAGUAUUUCGAGGAUUGACGCGGAUUAGGCUUUUCGAGUGUGUGCUUUUUGAAACUCUGGUUGUGACAAGUGUUCAUCUAGAAGAAAUAAUGAUGAAUCAGAAUGAAAAGUUACUGUAAAAUAGCUUGUUCUUGUAUUGGUA